CUCUCCUUUCUGAGCUCUGGUUAUUCUCACUGCUCCAGGGCGGAGAUCAGGGGUUUGCCAGUGAUCUGCUGCACAGCGCUCUACUGCGUUAGGUUCAAUCCCCAUUAAAGAAAAGAGGAAAGGGUUAUCUAAGUUACAGUAAAGUGAAGACAUUCAGGAGCCCUGGUGGGACAGAGGAAAGAGCAUUCUCACUGGUAGAGGAGUGGGGUGCUCAGUGAACUGUUCUUAAGCUGGGUCUUCUCAUGGUCACAUUGUUUAUUUGACCCACAAUGGCUGGUUGCCUAAACCAGGAAGUGGGAGGAUCCUUGUUAAAGUACACCAGGUUCAAGGAGAAGCAUUAAGAGCUUCUGGAAACCAUCAUGAUGGUUCUAAUUACUCAAGAUUCAAGAGGAGAAAACCGGCAAUUCUAUCAGUGGGCAUUUAUUAGGAAUAAAGACAACCCAUAUGUCAAAGGAGGGAAUGCUUGCAAAUAACCCGAAACUGGAGAACACAAAUUCUCUUAAAAAUGUGACUUUUUUCAGUAGGUCAUGAAGGUGGCUUUAAUGUUAGCCGCCCUAUUUCAGUGAGACUCCACUUGGGACUUUUGCCGUUUUGAUCAUGUGUAAAUGGAGGAAAUGAAACGUUAUCACAAAUACAUAAAUGUAAGACUUAGGUUUUUUCCCUGCUUGCUACUGCGGGCGACGGCGAGAGAAUCCUAGGCCCGUAGCGUACCCAGAGAUUUCGGACCCGUAGCCGAGCCAAGCUGGUGGGCCACGCGGAGGUAGCACUGGAGUCGUAGGUCGAGCGCACCUGUCCACUCACGGGCCGCAGCCAGAUCCCUGCCCCAACCAAUUGGCCCUCCUGGAAGUUCGACCUCGAAAUUUUGCUUCCGGUUCCUUGCUUCCGGUUCUGCCUACUCCUUCCGUUCGCCAUGCGCCUUGGGGUAGAGGAGACGCUGGGAGCUCUCAACGCGGCCCUGGGGCCGGGCGGCCCAGUGUGGUUCAAGGAGACACGCGCCCGCCACCUGCGUGUCCGAGACUUCUUGGCACCGCGGCGCGCGCUGCAGGCGCGCUUCGGGGACGACCAGGUGCCCGAGCGCGUGGUUCACGCCAUCGUCGGCCUGCAGGGUCCUGGCGUGGCCCCGGUACUGAGCUGCGCGCCAACCCCCGCGGGGCUGGCUCUCCAGCUGCGGCGGUCCGCCGUCUUCGAGCGCGUCCUCGGCGCCGUGGCCGCCUAUGCCGCGCCCACCGUCCCCGCCGCCCCGGGCCCGCGCGUCGUCCUGCACUGCCCGGCGCUGCGCGGCAGCCCCUGCGCCCUCCGCCUGAGCCAGCUGCGUGCCGUGCUCGUGGCCGACCACCUGGCGCGAGCUUUGCACGCUCACAGGGUGAGUGUGCGCCUAGUGCCCGCCGUGCGGGACCCGCACAUGCCGACCUUCCUGCAGCAGCUGCGGGUGGACUGGCCCGCGGCCUCAGAGAGAGCCGCGACCGAAGCCCUGAGGAGCCGCGCGCUUGCAGAGCUCACCCCUGCUCGUAACGCGGAAGCCCUGCCCCCUGGCGCCCUGGGCCGAGUGUGCCUGAAGGAGCUGGUGGACGAACGGGGACGCACAACUGGCUAUGACCCCAACCUGGACAGCUGUCUGGUGACGGAGGAUCUGCUCGUUGUGUUGGCGGAGCUGCAGCAGGCUGUGCAGGAUUGGGCUGAGGACAGCUCCCUAGGCCUGGCCGCGGCCCCAGAUGCUGGCACAGAUAGCUGCAUGGUCGUACACGUGGUGAGCUGUGAGGAGGAGUUCCAGCAACAGAAGUUGGACCUGCUUUGGUGGAAGUUGGAUGACCAGGCUCCUCUCAGACAGAAGCACCUGGUCUGUGGCCCAGUGAAAGUAGCUGGUGCACCUGGCACCCUGACUGCCCCCGAGUACUACGAGCUCCGGCAUGCCCAGGUGUGCAAGGCCUCAGCACUGAAGCACGGUAGGGACCUGGCACAAGACCCAGCCUGGAUGGAAAUCUUCAGGGUUCUCUCUGUGGCAACCAUUAAGUUUGAGAUGCUCAGCACAGCCCCACAAAGUCAGCUUCUCUUGGCCCUGGCCGACAGCAGCAUUUCCACAAAGGGCACCAAAAGUGGCACCUUUGUCAUGUAUAAUUGUGCACGUCUUGCCACACUCUUUGAGAGUUACAAGUGCAGCAUGGAACAAGGUCUGUACCCCACUUUCCCACCUGUGAGCAGUCUGGAUUUCUCCCUGCUACAUGAUGAGCACCCUUCUCCCCCACAGGGUGAGUGGUUGCUGCUCUUCAACAGCGUCCUCCCCUUCCCAGACCUGCUGGGCCACACAGCAGCCCUGCCCCGCACAGCCCCAGGGCUCCACAUCACUGCACGCACAGAGAUGGUGUGCAAGUUCCUGGUACAGCUCAGCAUGGAUUUCAGCUCAUACUAUAACCGGGUACACAUCCUAGGGGUAAGUGCACAGCAAAAGGGCAUAUGUGGGGGGGUGCAGGGGAAGCAAAGGAUGAGACCAGCAGGCCCCUUUCUCUCCUCCAGGAGCCUCGACCACACUUGUUUGGUCAAAUGUUUGCCCGUCUGCAGCUUCUGCGGGCUGUGCGUGAAGUGCUCCACACCGGGCUGGCCAUGCUGGGUCUCCCUCCACUGAGUCACAUCUAAGGCCACAGAGGCCCCAAUAUCUGGGAAUGUCCGCAAAGUCAUCAACUGAAAGGGAAAAAACCCACAGAUUUUGUUAGAGACCCAGAACCAAAAUAAAUUGCUUCUGUGACAAA